GUGACUUUGGUCUCCACCGGCCACCAUGGAUUGGAAAACGCUGCAGGCACUGCUCAGCGGGGUCAACAAGUACUCCACAGCCUUUGGCCGCAUCUGGCUCUCCGUGGUCUUCGUCUUCCGUGUCCUGGUCUAUGUGGUGGCGGCCGAGCGCGUGUGGGGGGACGAGCAGAAGGACUUUGACUGCAACACGCGACAGCCGGGCUGUACCAACGUCUGCUACGACUACUUCUUCCCCAUCUCUCACAUCCGCCUCUGGGCCCUGCAGCUCAUCUUUGUCACUUGUCCCUCCCUCCUGGUCAUCAUGCACGUGGCCUACCGGGAGGACCGCGAGAAGAAGAACCGGGAGAAGAACGGGGAGAACUGCCCCAAGCUCUACAGCAACACGGGCAAGAAGCACGGCGGGCUGUGGUGGACCUACCUGCUCAGCCUCUUCUUCAAGCUCAUCAUAGAGAUCCUGUUCCUCUACCUCCUCCACAAGAUGUGGGACAGCUUCGACUUGCCACGGCUGGUCAAGUGCACCAACGUGGAUCCCUGCCCCAACACCGUGGACUGCUACAUCGCCCGGCCCACCGAGAAAAGGGUCUUCACCUAUUUCAUGGUCGGAGCCUCCUCCAUCUGCAUCAUCCUCACCGUCUGUGAGAUCUUCUACCUCAUCUUCAAGCGAGUUGUCCGCGGUGCACGGAAGUGGAAGAAAUCCAAGCGCUCCGUCAGCUACAGCAAGGCCUCCACCUGCCACUGCCACCUCAAGCCGGAGGAGAAGGACAACAAGUCCCAGACUAGAGGAGAGGAGCUGUGAGCUCGCCCGUCCCAGCUGGUUCACAUUCCCCUUGGCCCAGCAGCUUUUCCAGCCACCCCUGAACCCUCAAGAGUCAACAAACUGGGUGAAAAAUGACUAAACCCAACAAACUAACAUCCCUGGAGAGAGACCCAUGGGUGCUUGAGCAGACACAGGUAAGGCGAGGGCAGCCCUGGAGCUCUGCCAGAGUUGUGCCACAAGCU